CCUUGAGUCCCCAUCCAACCCAACUCCGUUACUUUUUUCGAAGCAAAAACCGAAGUCAAGUUUAACACAUACUCCAACAUUAACAGAUCAGAAAAAAUAUACAAUAGCAUAUAAACCACCUCAACAAAAACAAACCUACAAAGAGAAAAAGACACUCAGAGAAAGAGCUUUGGUUUUUGGUUUUUAUUUGGAAAAAAUCAAAUUGUGUGGUGAAUUGUUGAAGAUGGUGAGCAAGACAGAGGAGACCCAGUUGAGCAAUCUGGAAACCCAAGUGGACAAUGGAGGAGGAGGGGCUUGGGAGUACCUCUGUUUGGUCAGGAAACUCAAGGUCCGUCGCUCUGACAGGGUUUUGAAGCAUGGAUUAUCGAUCCUUAAUGACCCCAAAAAGCGAUCUAGUCUUGGCCCUGAUGAAUGGACUCUAUAUGAGCAAGUAGCAGUUGCUGCUAUGGACUGCCAAAGUCUUGACGUUGCAAAGGACUGCAUAAAGGUUCUACAGAAGAAAUUUCCAGAGAGUAAAAGGGUUGGUAGGCUGGAGGGGAUGUUGCUUGAAGCAAAGGGAGCCUGGGCAGAAGCUGAAAAAGCUUACUCAAGCCUCUUAGAGGAUAAUCCAUUAGAUCAAGUGAUACAUAAGAGGAGGGUAGCAAUGGCAAAGGCACAAGGAAAUGUGUCUGUGGCCAUUGAAUGGCUCAAUAAAUAUCUUGAAAUAUUUAUGGCUGAUCACGAUGCCUGGAGAGAGCUGGCUGAAAUAUAUGUCUCCUUGCAAAUGUACAAGCAAGCAGCAUUUUGCUAUGAGGAGCUAAUAUUAUCUCAACCCAUGAUUCCCCUAUACCACUUAGCUUAUGCUGAUGUGCUUUAUACACUUGGUGGACUAGAAAAUCUUCAGAAUGCAAAAAAAUACUAUGCAUCCACCAUAGAUUUGACUGGAGGCAAAAACACCAGAGCACUUUUUGGUAUCUGCUUGUGUUCUUCUGCCAUCGGACAGAUUGCCAAAGGACGGAAUAAGGACGACAAGGAAAGCCCAGAGCUACAAUCUCUGGCAGCAACAGCCUUGGAGAGAGAAUACAAACAGAAAGCAUCUGACAAGCUUUCUCUGCUUACAGCUGCCCUAAAAGGCUUGAAAGUUUCAUCAUAACUGCUUAGCCAAUUUUUCAAGAUUCUUAUUAUUAUUGUCCAACCUUCCAAAACUAUAAGUUUCAUCAACAAUUUUCUGGCCAAAUAGCUUAGGAUUUGCUAAUAUUUCAGACUGACUUCAUAUUAAAAAUAAACUCUUAUUUAUUUGUUUGUGUUUUUCCCCUAAGGUUUUGAUUUAUUGAUGUGAUGUAUUUUUUAGGAUGCCCGGUGGCAAAACUAGGAAGAUUAUGAUAACUUUCCCUCCUACAUAAAUCAACUCUUUCUAUUUUCAUUCCCAA